UGUGUGUGUGUGUGUUCGCCGCUGUCAGGCGCAGGACAGGGAGGGAGGGACAAGAUGGCGUCCGAGCAGGAAAGCUCAAAUGGUCCGGUGAAGAAGUCGAUGCGGGAGAAAGCCAUUGAGCGAAGGAACGUUAGUAAGGAGCACAACAGUAACUUCAAGGCUGGAUAUGUGCCCAUAGAGGAGGAGAGACUCCACAAGACUGGGCUAAGGGGUCGAAAAGGCAACAUUGCUGUGUGCAUCAUAGUCCUGCUCUUCCUGCUUGCACUCAUCAACCUCAUUAUAACUCUGGUGAUCUGGACGGUUAUUCGGAUCGGCCCUAACGGUUGUGACAGUAUGGAGUUCCAUGAGAGUGGUUUGCUGCGCUUUAAGCAGAAAGCUGACAUGGGCGUGGUCCAUCCACUGUACAAAAGCACUGUGGGAGGGAGGAAAGAUCAGGACCUUGUCAUUACUGGCAACAACAACCCAGUGGUGUUUCAACAAGGGAACACUAGGCUAAGUGUUGAGAAGGACAAGACAUCUAUCACCAGUGACCUAGGCAUUUCCUUCACUGACCCACGCACACAAAACACCUUCUUUAGCACAGACUUUGAUAACCACGAGUUCCACUUGCCCAAACAGGUUAAAGUGCUCAAUGUAAAGAAAGCCUCCACAGAAAGGAUCACUUGCAACGCAUCGUCUGAUCUCAUGAUUAAGGGUGACGGCAAGGCUAUCAUUCGUGGAAAUGAGGGCGUCUUCAUCAUGGGCAAGACAGUGGAGUUCAGGAUGGGCGGUGAUAUUGAGCUCAAAGCUGAGAACAGCAUUGUUCUGAAUGGCUCGGUGAUGUUUAGUCCAUCGCGCAUCCCUAACACCUCGCAGGGGGGUGAGCUGUACUUCAAUGAAGGUCUGGAGAGGUACAAGCUCUGCAUGUGUGCAGAUGGGACCCUUUUCAGAGUGCAGGUCAAAUAUCCCAACAUGGGAUGCCAGACCACGGACAACCCCUGCGGAGCGGCGCACUGAGACGAGGGAAAUUCCACAAGACUUACCCAUACACACACCCACGCUAACACACUAGAACUGAUAACAGCAUUGCUAGAUCAAGGUGUGUACUUCAACACUAAAUCAUGGUAAUUUUUAUACAGAGAUUGGUCUGUAGUCAUAAUUUCAUAAACCCUAAAUGCUUUUUUUUUUUUUUUUGUAUCAUUGCUCAUACCUUUAAACCCCACCCUAUACAAACAUGUUUCGUUUUAUUACGUAAGGAUUUAUUACUUAUCCACCUCUGCGUUUUUAUUGUUUUUAAAGCUGAUUGUUCUUUACUUCUCCGUACAUGCAGUAUCUUGUUUAUGAAGGAUUGAUGUGGAUUUUUUUUCUGAAUGGCAGUAUUAUUAUUUUUAAUUGUUUUAACACUUCAUGAAAUAUACAUUAUUUCUCAGAAACAUGGUGCAUCAUCAAACAAGCUAACUAGACAAGAUAAAUACUCUUAUGGAAAAUCAAGACAGCCUUAUGGGUGGUGGUGCACUAAACAGUGCCCCUAGAUAUUUAUGCCACUUCUAGUGUUUUAUAUAUUUUUAUAUAGAUGAAUCUCGGCAGCUGUAUAAGGCUCAGUUGUCCAGGUUGACUUAAAAACAAAUCUCAGUUCACCUCUUUAAGAAACUGGAAUGUAUUAGCAAUAUAGAGUCUUUGCUUUGAUGGUAAAAAGAUGACCUCUUUGCCAUGUCGCUGAACCCUGUUCUCAUAAGUUAGUCAACCUGCUUAACUGCUGUUACCACAAGUCAUAUGGUUGAUUAUAUGUAGUAUAAUCACAGCUAAAAUUACUAUUCGACUGAAAUGUUGCGUUUUAAAAUGGUUGACUGGUUUAUUUAACAGUGCUAAAAUAUGUGCUGCAAAAAAUGGACAUUGACACAUUUGAGCUUAAAGCUUUGUCUAUUAUAUAUGAACAUUUGUUGUACUUUAAAUAAUAUCUUUGAAAACAUAUGAUAUUUAAGGUGUUUGAUAUGUUGUGCAAUAUAACAUGUUUUGUUUGGAUAUUAAUGUUUGUUUGUGCCAUAUUUAUUUGAAUUAUAUUUUUCUUUUUAAGAAAUGUUCAAAUGAUGACCAUGCUGCAUUCUCACUAACGGUCAUUAACUCAUGUUACAUGCAUACACGCAGGUGCAGUUUAAAAAGGGAAAUCAUUUUUCAUUAAAAUGUGUGCAUUUAAUAAAAAAUUUGAAUAUUAAA